UAUUAUUACUGAGAUGUGACCAUGAUGUCCAUAGCAUUAUUAUCUGAGGCGGUGGACAGCAAAGACAGGUACUCACAGCACAACACUCAGGUCUCCUCUGAGGAUUCAACAUGUCAGAUUCACCUGAGAUCGAAGAACUACCAGCAACACAUACAGGCCCCAAAGGUGUGAUCCAUGACUGGAGAAAGUUCAAACUUGAGAGUGAGGACCAUGAAAGCAUUCCUCCCAACAAGAGAGAGCUCCUUAGACAGAUGUCAAACCCCAAAUCCAGUAAUGACGACAACAGGGAAAAAGUCAACCGCAAGAUGAGCGUUCAGGAGUACGAAAUGAUUCAAGAAGAAGACGAAAGGUGUCUGCGUAAGUAUCGCAGGCAGUGCAUGCAGGAGAUGCACGAGCGUCUGAGUUUUGGCCCUAAAUUCGAUGCUGUGUUUGAGUUGCAUAGUGGGGAGGCCUUCUUGGAUGUCAUAGAGAAUGAACACCACAUGACCGUAGUGGUUGUGCACAUCUAUGAUGACGGGAUCAGAGGAUGUGAUGCUCUCAACAACUGUUUGACUUGCCUGGCAGCGGAGUAUUCCACGGUCAAAUUCUGCCGAAUCCGAGCCUCUGACACAGGAGCGGGUGAGCGUUUUUCAGACGACGUUCUGCCCGCCCUACUGGUGUACAAGGCUGGAGAGCUGCUGGGCAACUUUAUGUGCAUCACAAAGCACCUGAAUGAGGAGUUCUUCGCCACGGAUGUGGAGAACUUCCUAAAUGAGUACGGUCUGCUGCCAGAGAAAGAGUUUGCAGCCUGUCCCGACGAGGAAGAGAAUGCUGACGUGGAAUAAAAGAGAAAAUACUAAGGGUGGAAGUGAAUUAUAUUAGUCAACCUGUCAGACUUGUUUCAGAGAUAGAUCGUGUAAUGACGCUCUGACUGCUGGGCCAUGACUCCAACAAACACGCACACCUCGAGGCAUUUCCUAACACGCGAUUUACAGCGGUUAAGUACUUCAUAGUGCUAUCAAAGGCACAGUCAUGCUCAUUUCAUUUGCCAGGGUUCCCACAAUUUUUGACUAAUGAGUUUACAAGACUUUCCAUGCCCUUUCCAGUUUGUGGUUACUGGAUAGGGAUUUUUUAAAAACCAUUCAGAUUUAGAUCCAAUCACUCAUAAGUCAUUCUAAGUGAAUCAAUGGGUUUGUGUAAGAAAACUAUUUAUAUUUUAAAACUUUACAAACAGUAGUCUCUAGCUUCCGCUAACUGUUGUACAAGUGUUCACGAAAGAGUGGCGUUCCAGCAGAUGACGUAGGCGUAAUGUAAGCUCAGAUGAGAAGUGACAAGUACGGAAUUGUACAAAACAAGGAUUUGUAAAGAAAAAUGUUAGAGGAUUCAGAAAUAAGCGAAGAGGAGACUGGUUGUCCUUUUCUGUAAACAAACCUUCGCCUCUCGCAAGAAUAGCAUAUUUUCAUCGGAACAUACGUUACACCUACGUCUAUGUGUGCAAUAUUGUCUGCAUUAAUAACGUAAUUGUUGUUUUAACUAUGUGCGAUUCAACAUUAUCGAGUAUAUCAUGAAAGCAAACAAAACAAACCUAGUCUGUAAGUCUAGUAAAUUAGGUUAGACUGUUCAUUUAACAAGAAGUUAAUAUUUAAAGAUACUUACGUUUUAGACAACAAAAAAUCAACAAAAAUCAUUCCAAACACAACCACAGCACUGCUUUACGUCUUUGAGCAACAUGGCGGUGUUUCGUUCCUGAAUGAAUCAACCAUUUAAAUGAUUCGGUUCAGUCGCAAUGACUCACUUAACAGAAACUUGCUGUAUUAAUUUCACAUUUUAAAGUACCUUUGCAUUUUUAAAUAAUUUCAAAUCACAAUUAUUCGACGUUAUUAGAACAUUUUUUAUGUAUGUGUAAUUGCAAGUUUAAUUCCAUGUCCCUCUGAGCUGCGUUAAACAGUGUGUAAAUACAUCAGCAGCUUCUGUUUCCUCUGCAUUGCAAAUAUGAAUUUUGUUGAUACUGAUUUAAUUUGCUUGUUAAUAGCCCAAAUGUAAGAAGUUGACUCAAAGGAUGCACACUUUUAGAAAAAUGGCUUUAUAAGGUAAAAAUUUCAAUAAAAAGUAAAAAUCAUUUUAUAAAUGUUUUGGACAAUAUUAAUUUCUAUCACUGCUGUGAACUGACCACACAGAAUAUAAAGAAUAUGAAAAAGCCAGGAGUCAGCUGUCCACAGUAGUCCUUAAGAUACCAACUCAACAGCACACUCAGGAAAAUAUCGUCUCUGAUUGCAUUUGUCUGAAAGAUAAAAGACAUCUAGAACGGCUUGUUGGUAAAUAAAUAGGGUAAUUUUUAUUUUUGGGUGAACUAUCCCUUUAAGACAAAAAACGACCCCAAAAUAUUACCAUGUUACUAUGUUAUAUUACUAU